AGCAGGUCCGCUUUGCUCGUCGUAACCCCCUUCCGCGCCCCGUCCUACCCCUCCCCUCCCCCAUCCGCUCUCCUCACAAUCCACAAGCGGGCACGCUCGAACAAGACCUACAAGCCGUUCGUGUGUCCCACUCCUCUCUCUCUCUCUCUUUGAUCAACAUCACACUCUCUUUUAAACACCAACUAAACAGUGCGAAGUGUCGCGUCGUCGUCGCCCUCCUCCUCCCAACUCCUCUCUCCACUCGAACGCCCUCGACACUCUCUACGACUCGACUCGCCUCCCCCCCCUCAACUCCACGCAGUGUCGCCGGACGACAGCUGGCGUGUACCGACACUCUCUUUAACAGUUCCAGAACGUGCUUUUGUGCUGUGUGCAGUAUUAGACAAACACUCUAUCCCUAAAUCCCACCCCCCCUCCAUCCCAACAUGCUCCUUUCUCUCGUCUUGAUGGCCACUGCCGCCUCGGCGGCUGUUAGCCCAAGAUCAUCCCACGGCCAUCGCGACAUUGCGCGGAGGGCAGCGGCCGCUGCGGCGGCCAAGGCUCCCGCCGGUGGCUUUGACAUUGUCGGCGACUCUGGUGUCUCGGCGCAGAUGAUGUUUCUGGGCACCAAGGACACCGUCUUCAUCCUCGACAAGUCGGAGAACAACUCGAUGACCGUCACCACCAACGGCGUCACCCACCCGGCUUGGGGUUCCACCUACAACCUGCAAACCAACGAGGCCAUUCCCAUCGAGGUCACGUCCAACACCUUUUGCGCAGGUGGCUUUUCCGUGGCCAACGGCUCUUGGGUUGUGUUUGGUGGCAACCAGCCUGUCACGUACGGCGGUGUCGCCGUCAACGACAAGGGCCUCAACCCUAAUGGCACAAACCCUUACACCAACACCGACGGUGGCGCCGCCAUCCGUCUCAUGACUCCCUGCGACGACGGAUCCUGCCCAUGGUACGAGGGUGGUAACUCACUGACAAUGGCCGCCAAGCGCUGGUACCCUACCAUUGAGGGCCUUGCAGACGGCUCGGUCAUCGUUCUUGGCGGCGACCACAACGGAGGCUAUGUGUCUACCUUUGCCCAGAACGAGCCCUCGUACGAGUACUGGCCCAAGCAGUCCUCGGGUGCGAUUCCCAUGAACUUCCUCAACGCCACUGUCCCCGUCAACCUCUUCCCCUUGACAUGGCUUCUUCCCAGCGGCAAGCUGUUCCUGCAGGCCGCGUACAAGACGAUCCUCUACGACUUGAAGGUCCGCCAGGAGAUUCCGCUCCAGGACAUGCCCUAUGCUCAGCGUGUCUACCCAGCUUCGGCUGCGGCUGCCAUGCUCCCUCUUACGCCUCAGAACGGCUACUCGGCCGAGAUUCUGUUCUGCGGCGGUUCCGCUGCCGACCUGAGCAAGUCGACCGACGGUGGCGCCAUGUUCAACGUCACCGCCGUUGUUGCCGACAACACCUGCGUUCGUAUCCGUCCAGAUGACGCCAACCCCGUCUACACCGACGAUGACAAGCUCCCCGAGCCUCGCUGCAUGGGCUCGUUUGUCUACCUCCCGGACGGAACAAUGUGGCUCGGCAACGGUGUUGGCAUGGGCACUGCCGGCUACGGUGAUGACCACUACUCUCUUGGCCAGAGCUAUGGCCAGCACCCCGUCUACAUGCCUGUCAUCUACAACCCCAACGCUCCUGCCGGCUCGCGGUUCAACCGCGACGGUCUCUCGGCGAGCUCCGAGGAGCGCAUGUACCACUCGACUGCCAUCCUCCUUGCUGACGGUUCCGUCCUGGUCUCGGGAAGCAACCCCAACAAGGAUGUGACCAACGUUCAGUGGGGCACCAAGUACUCGGUCGAGAAGUGGUACCCUACGUGGUACAACCAGCCCCGCCCCAUCCCGACCACACCCUUCCCAUCGUCUCUCUCGUACGGCGGUGAUGCCUGGACCCUCAACUUUACCCAGAUUGGUGUUGACCCAUCGACCAUCAAGGUCGCCGUCGUCCGCACGGGCUUCAGCACCCACGGCAUGAACUUUGGACAGCGUUACCUUGAGCUUGAGACUUCCUACUCGCUCAUCAAUGCCACUGGCGAGGUCACCCUCACGGUCGGCCAGAUGCCCAUCAACCCCAACAUCUUUACCCCCGGUCCCGCCAUGAUCUUCCUCGUGGUCAACGGGAUCCCCUCCGAGGGCGAGCUUGUUGUUAUUGGCAACGGCCAGAUUGGUACUCAGCCUAUUGGCGCCGCUACUGUGCUCCCCCAGUCGCAGGUCUUCGUCGCCGCACCCAACGAGCCCGUUGCCUCAGUGUCCGCUUCGCUUGUGGAGGAGACGCCAAGGCCACCCGUUGCCUCGGCGGGUGUCGUUGCAGCUCGUCCUUCGUCUGCAACGACCGUUGGCAUCCCCGCGACUCUUACCGUCGCUGUGGCUGCUCUGUGCGCCAUGCUCUGGUCGUAAAACCCAAAUACCUUGCUGUUCAAGCACCCCACAAACAACAUGUCUUCUCCAUGGGUUCCCCUGCAUCUUCAUCUUAUGUGAUUCAAACGUUAAUACUACCGCACAAUGCACAACUGUCACUCCUUG